AUGAACUUAACAGUGGUGACCAGAGAGGUCUGUGGGGAAGCUUAUUUGAAAGGUUGCUGUCUUUACAAGUCAAAACCCAUCAGAGUGAAAGCAUGCCCAGGCAAUUAUUAUGUCUAUGAACUUGUAAAUCCAAUAUUUGGUUGUUCAGGAUACUGCACAGAUGUUAACACCAUUUCACAGGCGGUUUCUACUGAAAGUCCAGUUAUAAUCACUGAAUCCAGCCUCACAUUAAAUUAUGACCCGUGCAAUAACUACAACAUACUCGACAAUGGGAGAAGCACACUUAUUUACUGGCAUAUGUUUGGACCUGGAAGUGCACUUGAUGACAUUCCUGUAGAAUGGGACGGCUGGUAUCGACUCUUCAUGAAUGGCUUGAGUACUGAGAUGCCUGAGUGGUGUGCAUCAUUUAUGUCAUGUGGAGGUUUUAGUGGUCUGUGGCUUGGUGGAUCUCAUCCUCGUCUGGAAGAUGGAGUUGUUACUCGUGAAAUUUACGGCUCUCGAUAUGAUCAGUGCAGUUACUACAGAUCUGAACCAAUCCAAGUCAAAGCUUGUCCUGGAAAUUAUUAUGUCUACAAAUUUACCAGACCAACUGUUUCAAUCCCAGCUCCUAAAUACUGUGCAGUACCUUUCACCACCCCAAGUGUUGACCCCUGCUACACCUACACCAGUCUGGAUGAGCCUUGGAGAGCCACUGAUUAUUCUAACACAGGCGUGUGUGAUUAUAAUGUGGAGUGGAAUGGCUGGUACAGGAUGUUCUACAAUGGUCAAAAUACUCAGAUGCCAGAAUCAUGUGUUAAUCAAGGCAUGUGUGGGACGCAAUCCCCACUGUGGCUCAACGGCACUCACCCACAGCUGGAAGAUGGAGUGGUCAUCCGUCAGGUCUGUGCUUCCACAUGGAGUGGUUGUUGUGGUUACACAUCCCACCCUAUAAGAGUCAAAGCCUGUCCUGGAAAUUACUAUGUUUAUGAGUUUGUCAAACCAAUGUUUUGCUCAGUUUACUGUGUAGAUACCACAGGUCUUAAUGAGACAUCUACAACAGAGACAAUCCCACCCAUAGAUUCCUUAACUCUGCCCAUCACUAACACUGAUUGUUCUGAACUCAACUGCUCAGAGGAUGAGUGGUGUGGGAAGAAAAAUGGUGUCUAUGGCUGUUUAUGUAAUGACGACUUAUCUAGACCACAAUCUGACUCUUUUGACUUCUCAGAAAGCUGUGAAAGCAGCUCUGGCUCCAUGUCUGUGUCUCGCUGUCAGCUCUUUGAGGCUGGUUUUCCAGCUGACGUCUUACACCUCAAUGAUCCCAGCUGCAGAGGAACAGUCCGGAAUGGCAGAGUGGAAUUCCAUUUUGAUAAUGAUGAACAUAUCUGUGGCACAAAUCUUCUGGCCAACGGCACCCACUUCAUCUACAGUAACUAUAUUCUGGGGACACCGAGGUCAGAAGGUCUCAUCAGCAGAAAGAAAAUCCUCAAGCUUUCUUUCAGCUGUGCUUAUCCUCAAACACAAACACUUUCCAUGAAUGUGGAAAUCAAUCCACUGGAGAGCAUUGUGCACAAGACUCUUCCCGCUGGAGAAGGCAGAUAUCAGGUUCGGAUGAUUCCAUAUGAGGAUGAUGAGUUUACUCGGCCCUUCACUGGUAGAGUGGAUGCAGAGCUGGACCAGAAGAUGAAUGUGGAAGUGCGUGUCGAGGGGGUUGACAGCCGUCAGUUUGCUCUGGUGAUGGACACGUGUUGGGCUACACCUGUGAAUGAUCCUGAUUACAGUCUCCGCUGGGAUCUCAUCCUCACAGAGUGUCCCAAUCCAAAUGAUGACACAGUGGAGCUGCUGCAGAACGGCGUCUCGACAUCCAGCCGUUUCUCCUUCAGGAUGUUCAUCUUCACUGCAAACUCCACUAAACUUUACCUGCACUGCGCUGUUCACCUGUGCCUUCUGUCAAGCAACCGCUGCUCAACGGACUGUAACUCUGAACACCAGUGGAGAGAGCGCAGGUCUCUGGACUUCCAUGACAGUGCUUCCAUAUCCCUGGGUCCUCUGAUGUUGUCUGAAGGAAGCACAGAAAAAUGGAUACUAGAGCAAGUGAAGGCAUCGGAGGCUUCUCGUCUGUGUGCUUCUCUGAUGCUGUUACUUGCUCCUCUGAUGAGUUCCCUGAACCUCUUUUAG